GCGAGUGGGCGAUUUCCCGGGCCCGCCCCCUGGGUUCUUGAAAGCUAAAGCGUGGCAGGGGCCGGGCCGGGGAAGCGGAGGAGGCGGGUCUCCAUAGAAACCUCCACCUGUUUCCGGCCAGGCUGUGCGCGAUUAGGGGCUGUUACCGGGGCCAAUCUCAGCCAGCUCGCCUUUUCCCGGCGGCCUCUGCGGGAGCGGUGGGUGUUGUACACAAUCAUCAUGGCGGCGGCCGGAGCCCCGGAUGGCAUGGAGGAAACUGGCAUGGACACGGAGGCCGAGACCGUGGCGACCGAGGGGCCCGCGCGGCCCCUCAACUGCUUGGAGGCCGAAGCCGCGGCGGGGGCGGCGGCCGAGGACUCCUGCGCUGCGCGAGGCAGUCUGCAGCCUGCCCCGGCCCAGCCCCCUGGGGACCUCGCGGCCCAGGCCUCGGUCAGCAACGGCGAGGACGCGGGCGGCGGCGCGGGCAGGGAGCUGGUGGACCUGAAGAUCAUCUGGAACAAGACUAAGCACGACGUGAAGUUUCCCCUGGAUAGCACAGGCUCCGAGCUAAAACAGAAGAUUCACUCGAUUACAGGUCUCCCGCCUGCCAUGCAGAAAGUCAUGUAUAAGGGACUUGUCCCUGAGGAUAAGACGUUGAGAGAAAUAAAAGUCACCAGUGGAGCCAAGAUCAUGGUCGUUGGCUCCACGAUAAAUGAUGUUUUAGCAGUAAACACACCCAAAGAUGCUGCCCAGCAGGAUGCAAAGGCCGAAGAGAACAAGAAGGAGCCUCUCUGCAGGCAGAAACAACACAGGAAAGUGUUGGAUAAAGGAAAACCUGAAGAUGUGAUGCCGUCUGUUAAGGGUGCCCAGGAGCGCCUGCCAGCUAUACCCUUAUCUGGCAUGUACAAUAAGUCCGGGGGAAAAGUGAGACUUACCUUUAAGCUAGAACAAGACCAGCUGUGGAUCGGCACUAAAGAGCGGACUGAGAAAUUGCCCAUGGGUUCCAUUAAAAAUGUGGUCAGUGAACCUAUCGAAGGACACGAAGACUACCACAUGAUGGCGUUUCAGUUGGGCCCCACGGAAGCCUCUUACUACUGGGUGUACUGGGUUCCAACUCAAUAUGUGGAUGCAAUCAAAGACACUGUGCUGGGGAAAUGGCAGUAUUUUUGAAAGCACUUUCACCUCUGGCCCAGGAGACUGACCCAAAGUGAAGGACAUUGCUGGGAGAGGCCUGCAGCAUCCCUGGAUUUCAGAGUUCUGGAACUUUGUUCAAAAAAAAUCUAUAUCCACUCUAAGGUGAUGUGGUGACUGAAGCCAGAGGUGAUGUACUUUCACCAUUAGCUUAAUUUUAACUUAAAAUCACCGGUUCCCUUUCUUGCAGUCAGCUUCAUACCAUUUUUAAAAGUCAAUAUGGUGGAAAUCAAUAAAUCUGAAUUCUGAACAUGUUGUGUGGAAUACUCUUAAGUGUGUUUGAGAGUAGAUCUACCAAUUUUGUUUAGAAAGGAAUGAUCGAAA